AUGAUGUCCAAUCUGAGUUCGCGGGCGGGGGAGCUCAAGUCCCAGGGCGCGGCAAUGGCAGCACAAGACCCAAAUAGCAACGUCACGGCUGAAGAUGCGGAGGCAGUCAUGACUGAUGAGUCGAAGAAUGCGGGAAUUCCAGCAUUUCAAUUCGAUCCCGAUGCGUCACCAGAAGAAAAAGCUGCCCAAGCUAGAUCGCACGUUCCGCCAGGCUUUCAUCACGACAAAAAACCUAAAGGUGUUGGCAUAGCUACGGACAUUGAUGAUGGUACGCCAGACGCAUAUGAUCUUCCUCCGCCGAGUAAAGAGGGUGCGGUACCUGCAUCACCAGCGCCGGAUGGAGAAUCUAAGAGCCCCAAUGGCCACAUGCAGCAAGACGAAACCGCUCGGUUCGUUGCGAAGACCGGUUGGGCGCCCAGGUUCGGUCAGGGAAGUAUCACAUCGGAGGAAGCCCAAGAGAGUCUCCUUGACCAUCAGACGCUUUUAGAGAGCAAAUUAGACGACAAAUUUUUCGGUGACUGGUAUCACAAUGCGGGUAUCAUAGUAUUUGCUUGUUUGAGCUCAUGGUUUGUAGCCUUGGUUGGAGGUGGCCUUGGAUGGGUGCUGCUGAUCAUGGCUUGCUGUGCGACCUACUACCGUACAUCCAUUCGUCGGGUACGUCGCAACUUCCGGGAUGAUGUCAACAGAGAAAUGGCCAAGAGUCGUCUGGAAACGGACACAGAGAGUCUUGAAUGGAUUAACAGCUUUCUGGUCAAAUUCUGGCCAAUCUACGCACCAGUACUUUGCGAUACAAUCAUCAACUCUGUUGAUCAGGUCCUCAGUACUUCCACACCAACCUUUCUCGACAGCAUGCGUAUGAAGGUAUUUACUCUGGGUUCCAAGCCACCCAGAAUGGAUCAUGUCAAGACGUAUCCAAAGGCCGAAGAUGAUACGGUUUUGAUGGAUUGGAAGUUCAGCUUCACGCCUAAUGACACCAUGGACCUCACUGCUCGGCAACUCAAGAACAAGAUAAACCCCAAGGUUGUACUUGAGAUCCGAAUCGGAAAAGGAGUCAUUAGUCAUGGAAUGGACAUCAUCGUCGAGGACUUCGCAUUUUCCGGGUUGAUGAGGGUCAAGGUCAAGCUUCAAAUUCCAUUUCCACACAUAGAAAAGGUUGAAAUUUGUUUCCUUGGGAAGCCGGACCUUGAUUAUGUUUGCAAGCCCUUGGGUGGCGACACAUUAGGCUUCGACAUCAAUUUCAUCCCGGGACUGGAAGGGUUCAUCAAGGAGCAGAUCCACGGUAACCUUGCUCCGAUCAUGUACGACCCAAAUGUUUUCCCCAUCGAGAUCGCCAAAAUGCUUGCAGGAAACCCAGUCGACCAAGCCAUUGGCGUACUAGCGGUCACGAUACACGGUGCACAAGGUCUAAAGAACCCGGACAAGGUUGCAGGAAGUCCAGAUCCAUAUGCUGUACUUUCACUUAACAGCCGUGACCCUCUUGGCAAAACCAAGACAGUCAAAGAGAAUGCCAAUCCUCGCUGGAAUGAUACAUUAUAUCUUAUCAUUACCUCUCUCGCCGAUUCUUUGACAUUUCAAGUGUACGAUUGGAACGAAUAUCGCAAAGACAAGGACCUUGGAACUGCAGCAUUUCCUCUUGACCAGUUGGAAGCAGUGACAGAGCAUGAAAACCUACAACUGGAGGUCACGGCUAACGGCAAAGCUCGAGGAAUCAUCCAGGCUGACGUUCGCUUCUUCCCGGUUCUAGAGGGCCAGAAGAUGGAGGAUGGUACCACUGGACCAGCCCCUGAAUCCAACACCGGCAUCGCAAGACUCACUGUCGAGCAAGCCAAGGAUUUGGACGGUACCAAGAGCUUGAUCGGGCAGCUGAACCCAUACGCAGCCCUCAUCCUCAAUGGUAAAGAAAUCCAUACGACUCGUAAACUCAAAAGGACCAAUAAUCCUAUCUGGGAUAACGGUUCAAAAGAAUUCCUGGUCACUGACCGCAAAGCAGCCAGACUGGGCAUGGUGGUCAAAGAUGACCGCGAUCUCGGGACUGAUCCAGUACUGGGCACUUACCAAAUCAAAUUGGACGAUAUGUUGCAAUUGAUGGGGAAGGGUCAAGAGUGGUACAACCUGGCUGGAGCGAAGACUGGUCGUGCCAAGAUGAUGUUACAGUGGAAACCAGUGACACUGAAAGGCGCGCUCGGCGGCUCUGGUGGCUACAUCACGCCCAUCGGUGUUAUGCGGUUUCAUUUCGGAAGCGCUCGCGACCUCCGGAACUUGGAGACCAUGGGUAAAUCUGACCCCUACGCUCGAGUCCUCCUGUCUGGUAUCGAGAAAGGCAAGACGGUCACAUUCCAGAACAAUCUCAACCCCGACUGGGACGAAAUUAUCUAUGUACCAGUUCAUUCGCCACGUGAGAAGCUCACAGUUGAGGUCAUGGACCAAGAGACCACAGGGAAGGAUCGCUCACUCGGCCUUCUCUACGUAGACAGCGCUGACUAUAUUCAUCAAGCCGACAACGGGGAGUAUGAAGUUCACGGGGAGAAGCGACAAUUGUCAGAGCCUUUGCGCAUAAACGGCAAAGGAUCUCCGAAAGGAACUCUCAACUUCACUGUUUCUUUCUACCCCACACUCAACGUCAUUGAUCCAGAAGAAGAAGAAGCAGAGAAAGAAAGAGCAAAAAUUGCGGAAGAAGAGGCUGCAGGAAGACCUUCAGUCAACGGCACAAGAGCCAGCAUUGAUGGAAAAUCUAAGAGCAGCAUAGAUGGAGAAUCAAGGAGCAUCACAGUGAACGGUUCUACAAUAGCGCCGAGUUCCACAGAGAAAGACCGAGAACUUGGAAAGAUCGACACCAAUCUUGCCAAGCAACUUUCGAAGAACGAAAAGGAACAAGAAGAACUACAAGGGGAAGGGCCAAAAGUUCCACAAAAAAUAAGGCUUACCCCGGAAGAGCUCCUCAAGCACGAGUCUGGACUUAUCAUAUUUAAGCUCAUAGAAGGGACACUGGCGCGUCCAGACGUGCGCGUGGAGAUUGUCAUGGACGACUACAUAUUUCCCUCAUACUCCUCAUCGAAAGCCAGAUCGCGACAGACUCAGUUUGGCGAAACUGGGGAUGCCUUUGUACGAGAACUUGAUGUAUCCAAGAUCACUUUACGACUGAAAGAAAAGCAAGACAAAAAGGGUGACAAUGAACAUGAUAAUGAUCAUACAAUCGCUAAGUUGCAAGGUAAUACCUUGGACGUCUUGCAGAGAUGCCUGUACAAACCGACAGAAUUGAUCCUAAAGGGCGCUGAAGGUACUAUCAGCAGAAUCACUGUUGAUCUUAGGUAUCUGCCUGUCAAGAUGGACCUAGACCCUAGCGAAAGCAUCAACAACAUGGGUACCCUACGCAUUGACGUUUUAGACGCUGACGAUUUACCGGCCGCUGAUCGCAAUGGAUUCAGUGACCCUUACUGCAAGUUCAACCUCAACGGCAAGGAAAUGUACAAAACCAAGACUCAAAAGAAAACGCUUCAUCCCGCAUGGAAUGAAUAUUUCGAGUGUCCAAUCAAGUCCCGAACAGCCGCUAAUUUCAAGCUCACCGUUUUUGAUUGGGAUAUGGGAGACAAGGACGACCUUCUCGGCGAAGCCACCAUAAACCUUGACUUACUCGAGCCCUUCAAGCCGAGUGAGAUCGUGCUACGACUGGAUGGUAAGUCAGGUGUAGUUCGGCUGAAGAUGCUCUUCAAGCCAGACUAUGUCACUAGAUCACGUCAAGGAUCUUCGACGUUUUCAGGAACAUUUGCAGCACCAGGCAAGAUUGUCGGUGCACCCGUCAAAGGGGUCGGCAAGGUCGGCGGAGCAGUUGGUGGAGGUGUGGUCAAGGGUGCAUCGUUCCUACGACAUGGCUUCAAGGGCAGAAAGGACAGUCGAGAAGUAAGCAAUGGAGAGGUAGAGCCACCCGAGAUAGAGGAGCCAAUCGCCAAUGGAGGCUCCGCCAUGACAACACCGUUGGGGACACCACAGCGUGCAGCUCCAAUGAUUGACGACAGCCCGUCGGCUCCUCAAACCCCACCACACGUACGACAGAAGAGUUUUGGAGCGGCAUCUACAAUGAGUGUCGCGGGCGGAGUGCCUGGCAAGGGAGAAGCUGGCAGUGCUAUGUUCUUGGUGCAAUCCGCCUCCGGAUUCCCUGCGACAUCGAAAAUCCAAGUUCACAUAAAGCAAGUUUUGGCGAAAGGCGCUAAAGAAGUUCACAAAACGAAAGGUGUCAAAUCCUCCACUGGAGAAAUCACGUGGGAUCAUGAGAUGUUCAAAGUACCAUGCUCUGCCGAUACCCAAUUCCAAAUUCAAGUUAAGGACGACAAAUUCUUGGGCGAUCACAUCCUUGGUGAAGCACCUUUCUUUAUCGAUGACUCUACGGCAGGAGGUGAGAAGACGAUCAAGGUUGGGGAAGGAAAUGUCACUAUCCACACCACUUUCAUGCAAGAUAGUGGGCCAGGUAGUCCAAGGAGUCGGCGAAGCCUUCUGAGCAGGAGGCCUCGGGAUGUGAGUGGCGCGAAGGGACCAAGUUGA